AUGGCUUUGAUGACGGUCAAGUUUGAUCUGAAAAAGCGGGUGAAGCUGGCCCAGAGCGUGUGGUUCUUGUUCUGGUUCGCCGUCAUGGCCGGCGUUCUGCUCUUCAGCAUGGGCCUCUUCUUCAAGAUCGAGCUGCGGAAGCGCUCGGAGCUGAUGGACAACAACGAGAGCCACUUCCUGCCCAACCUCCUCAUCCUGAUGGGGCUGGUGGCGUGCGGCAUCAACGCCUUCGGCGGCAAGGUCUGCUACGACUCCUUGGACCCCACCAAGUUCGUCAGGUGGAAGCCCAUGCUCAAGACCUUCCUGGUGGCGUGCGUGGUCUUCAACGCCCUGCUGGUGGUCACGGCUCUGCUCUGCUUCGUCAUGCGCAUCCCGCUGCAGUUCACGCUGGCCGAGGGCCUGCGCAACGGCAUGCGCUACUACAAGGACACGGACACGCCGGGUCGCUGCUACAUGAAGCGGACCCUGGACCUGAUGCAGAUCGAGUUCCGCUGCUGCGGUAACGACAAUUUCCGGGACUGGUUCGAGAUACAGUGGGUCAGCAACCGCUACCUUGACUUCAGGGCCAAGGAGGUCAGAGACCGCAUCGGGAGCAACGUGGACGGCCAGUACCUGAUGGACGGCGUGCCCUUCAGCUGCUGCAACCCGAGCUCGCCACGGCCGUGCAUCCAGCAGCAGAUGACCAACAACUCGGCGCACUACAGCUACGACCACUACACCGAGGACCUCAACGUGUGGAAGAGCGGCUGCCGCGACGCUCUGCUCUCUUACUAUGGCGGCAUGAUGACCACCAUCGCCAUCCUGGUGCUGCUGGUCACCUUGCUGGAGGUCGCCGUGACGGUGGGCCUGCAGUACGUCCACAGCUCCCUGUCCACCCUGGCCAACCCCGAAGACCCCGAGAGCGAAAGCGAGGGCUGGCUCCUGGAGAAGACGGUCAAGGAGACGUUCACCGACAUCAUGGCCAAAAUGAAGGCCGUGGGCAAAGGCGGCAAAGUGGAGGAAGGGGCCGAGGAGGGCGGCGUGGCCACCGUGAGCUGA